AUGGGAGAGAGACUCCUUGAAAGUAAAGAAGGUAGUCAGUGUGGAGAAACUUUCGCUCAGGCUCCAGAUCACAUGCCGAUCAAGAAAACUCCCGGAGUAAAACCAUAUGACUGCAGUGUGUGUGGUGAUGUCUUCAUCACUUAUUCAUUUGUUAAUAAUCACAUCAGUGCUGACACUGGACAAAAAGCCCAUGAGUAUCAGAAGUAUGGAGAGGAGCCAUCCGCAGGGAGCCAAAGUGGGAAAGCCUUUAGUUACCAUGAUUCUUUUCAAAUGCAUGAAAGUCCUCAGACUGGAGAGAAGCCAUAUGAAUGUAAAGAAUGUGGGAAAACCUUUAUUUCUCUGGUAGGUGUUCAGAGACACAUGAUAUUGCACAGUGGAGAUGGGCCUUAUAAAUGCAAGUUUUGUGGGAAAGCCUUGGCUUAUCUCAGUUUAUAUCUUGCACAUGAAAGAAGUCACACUGGAGAGAAACCGUAUGAAUGUAAACACUGUGGUAAAGGCUUUGGUUGGUUCUGUUCCCUUCAAACACAUGAAAGGACUCACACCGGAGAAAAGCCAUAUGCAUGUAAGGAAUGUGGGAAAGCAUUCAGUUGUUUCAGUUCAUUUCGUAGACAUAGAUGGACGCACACAGGAGAGAAGCCGUAUGAAUGUGAGAAAUGUGGGAAAGCAUUCAGUUGUCCCAGUUCUGUUGAUAGACAUAAAAGGUCUCACACUGGAGAAAAACCAUAUGGAUGUGAGGUUUGUGGGAAAACAUUUGCUGAUCUCAGAAGUGUUCAAAGGCACAUGGUUUUGCACACUGGAGAUGGACCCCAUAAAUGUAAGGUGUGUGGGAAAGCCUUUUAUUCUUCCAGCUCAUUUCAGAGACAUGAACGGACUCAUACUGGAGAGAAACCCUAUGAAUGUAAGCAUUGUGGUAAAGCCUUCACUUCUUCCAAGUCCAAUCAAAUACAUGAAAGGAUUCACACUGGAGAAAAGCCCUAUGUGUGUAUACAGUGUGGGAAAGCCUUCAGUUAUUCCAAGUCCUUUCGAAUACAUGAAAGGACUCACACUGGAGAGAAGCCCUAUAAAUGUAAUCAAUGUGGGAAAGCAUUUUAUUAUGUCAGUUCUUUUCGUAGCCAUGAAAGGACUCACAUUGGAGAGAAACCGUAUGAAUGUGAACAUUGUGGUAAAGCCUUCAGUUGUUCCAUGAACUUUCGAAUACAUGAAAGAAUUCACACUGGAGAGAAGCCCUAUGAGUGUAAGGAAUGCGGAAAAGCUUUCACUCGUUUCAAUUCCUAUCGAAGACAUGAAAGAUCUCAUGCUGUUAAUAUAUGA